CACUUCAGAUAACGUUGUUACCUCAUCUGCCUCACUCCUCCCCUCUGUGUGUGUCGUUCUCACUCUCUUUCCUACCUGGUUCACUUUCUCACUGUCUCAAGGGAGUAGCAGCUCUGAUCUUUAGCUCCACACAGUCGUCUCCUCCAGGACUCCAGGCCACAGGACCUCGUCUCCUCCAGGACCCCAAAAAGACAGUAUGGAGAAGAGCCAGUAUGGACCCCCCCAGGACUUGUCUGCUCCCCCCUACCCCGGCCCCCCGGCAGGCUACCAGGGAAGUGGUGGGGGAACAGUCUACCCCCCUCAGCCUGGCUUCCAGGGAGGUCCCCAACCCGGCAUGUACCCACCACCUCCCCAAUACGGCACGGGCAUGGCACAACCUACAAACGCCCCCAGCGUAACCCAGGUGGUGGUGAUGCAGCAGCCGCUGCUAAGAGACGUACCCGGCCAGAUGAUGUGUCCCCACUGUCAGGUCCCGGUUCUGACAGAGACCACACACGCCACUGGACUGCUCACCUGGCUCAUCUGUGGAGCCCUCGGCUUCUUCCUGUGCUGGCCAUGCUGUUUGAUUCCGUUCUGUGUUGACUCCUGUCAGGACGUAGAACACCGAUGCCCCAACUGCAAGAGAGUGAUCCACAUCCACAAACGCAUGUGAACAGACCAAGAUGAGACACCUGCCACAAAGUGAUCCAUAUCUGCAAACCUACUGUAUAUAUGAACAGAUCUAGCCACAGCCUACUGACAGUUCCGUGCGUAAUCCACAUCAGAAAGACAAUAGUCUACUGUCUCUCUAAAAUGACCACAGCAGGACAGCUUCCUCUACUGUCUCUCUGAAAUGACUGCAGCAGGGCAGCUUCCUCUACUGUCUCUCUAAAAUGACCACAGCAGGACAGCUUCCUCUACUGUCUCUCUGAAAUGACUGCAGCAGGACAGCUUCCUCUACUGUCUCUCUGAAAUGACCACAGCAGGGCAGCUUCCUCUACUGUCUCUCUGAAAUGGCUGCAGCAGGGCAGCUUCCUCUACUGUCUCUCUGAAAUGGCUGCAGCAGGGCAGCUUCCUCUACUGUCUCUCUGAAAUGACUGCAGCAGGGCAGCUUCCUCUACUGUCUCUCUGAAAUCACUGCAGCAGGGCAGCUUCCUCUACUGUCUCUCUGAAAUCACUGCGGCAGGGCAGCUUCCUCUACUGUCUCUCUGAAAUGACUGCGGCAGGGCAGCUUCCUCUACUGUCUCUCUGAAAUCACUGCGGCAGGGCAGCUUCCUCUACUGUCUCUCUGAAAUGACUGCAGCAGGGCAGCUUCCUCUACUGUCUCUCUGAAAUGGCUGCAGCAGGGCAGCUUCCUCUACUGUCUCUCUGAAAUGACUGCAGCAGGGCAGCUUCCUCUACUGUCUCUCUGAAAUGACUGCAGCAGGACAGCUUCCUCUACUGUCUCUCUGAAAUGACUGCAGCAGGGCAGCUUCCUCUACUGUCUCUCUGAAAUGGCUGCAGCAGGGCAGCUUCCUCUAUGGUCUCUCUGAAAUGCCUGCAGCAGGGCAUCUUCCUCUACUGUCUCUCUGAAAUGACUACAACAGGGCAUCUUCCUCUACUGUCUCUCUGAAAUGCCUGCAGCAGGGCAGCUUCCUCUAUGGUCUCUCUGAAAUGCCUGCAGCAGGGCAGCUUCCUCUAUCGUCUCUCUGAAAUGACUACAGCAGGGCAGCUUCCUCUACGGUCUCUCUGAAAUGGCUGCAGCAGGGCAGCUUCCUCUACUGUCUCUCUGAAAUGACUGCAGCAGGGCAGCUUCCUCUACUGUCUCUCUGAAAUGACUGCAGCAGGACAGCUUCCUCUACUGUCUCUCUGAAAUGACUGCAGCAGGGCAGCUUCCUCUACUGUCUCUCUGAAAUGGCUGCAGCAGGGCAGCUUCCUCUAUGGUCUCUCUGAAAUGCCUGCAGCAGGGCAUCUUCCUCUACUGUCUCUCUGAAAUGACUACAACAGGGCAUCUUCCUCUACUGUCUCUCUGAAAUGCCUGCAGCAGGGCAGCUUCCUCUAUGGUCUCUCUGAAAUGCCUGCAGCAGGGCAGCUUCCUCUAUCGUCUCUCUGAAAUGACUGCAGCAGGACAGCUUCCUCUACUGUCUCUCUGAAAUGACUGCAGCAGGGCAGCUUCCUCUACUGUCUCUCUGAAAUGGCUGCAGCAGGGCAGCUUCCUCUAUGGUCUCUCUGAAAUGCCUGCAGCAGGGCAUCUUCCUCUACUGUCUCUCUGAAAUGACUACAACAGGGCAUCUUCCUCUACUGUCUCUCUGAAAUGCCUGCAGCAGGGCAGCUUCCUCUAUGGUCUCUCUGAAAUGCCUGCAGCAGGGCAGCUUCCUCUAUCGUCUCUCUGAAAUGACUACAGCAGGGCAGCUUCCUCUACGGUCUCUCUGAAAUGGCUGCAGCAGGGCAGCUUCCUCUACUGUCUCUCUGAAAUGACUGCAGCAGGGCAGCUUCCUCUACUGUCUCUCUGAAAUGACUGCAGCAGGACAGCUUCCUCUACUGUCUCUCUGAAAUGACUGCAGCAGGGCAGCUUCCUCUACUGUCUCUCUGAAAUGCCUGCAGCAGGGCAGCUUCCUCUAUGGUCUCUCUGAAAUGACUGCAGCAGGGCAGCUUCCUCUACUGUCUCUCUGAAAUGCCUGCAGCAGGGCAUCUUCCUCUAUGGUCUCUCUGAAAUGCCUGCAGCAGGGCAGCUUCCUCUAUGGUCUCUCUGAAAUGACUACAGCAGGGCAGCUUCCUCUACGGUCUCUCUGAAAUGCCUGCAGCAGGGCAGCUUCCUCUACUGUCUCUCUGAAAUGGCUGCAGCAGGGCAGCUUCCUCUACUGUCUCUCUGAAAUGCCUGCAGCAGGGCAGCUUCCUCUACCGUCUCUCUGAAAUGACUGCAGCAGGGCAGCUUCCUCUAUGGUCUCUCUGAAAUGCCUGCAGCAGGGCAGCUUCCUCUAUGGUCUCUCUGAAAUGACUACAGCAGGGCAGCUUCCUCUACGGUCUCUCUGAAAUGCCUGCAGCAGGGCAGCUUCCUCUACUGUCUCUCUGAAAUGGCUGCAGCAGGGCAGCUUCCUUCCUGUCAAUAGGAAUGUGUGACAGGGUAUUAUUCACCAUAUGUGCCGGCUGCAGAGUAAAAAUGGACUAUAUCGUAAAAAUUAAUGAAACCAAAAAAUGUGCUUAAGGUGAGGCAUUAGGGUCAGCAGUGUGGUUAUAUUUGAUGACUUUGUGGCUGUGCUACUGAUUGUAAUGACGUUUUUUAAUUAAAUGGAUUUAAACAGAAAGUAUUGUUCUUUGUAAUAAAUAACGGACAAGUUU